AUGGAUGGAAGUGUGGAUACACGAAGCAGCUCAAAAGCUUCGCUAUUGCAAAGUGAUAUAGGUAACAAAAUGGGGGUAACGGAUGAUAAAGUUUAUGGUGAUGUUGCAAGAUUUUUCUUUACGGACGAAAUAAACGACGAUCAAGUUGAAGCUUAUAAUACCCAAAAUAAAGGAACUUAUCCUAUGACAACUAGGGCUAGUAUGGGUUAUGAGGAAGAAGGGAAUGGGGAUAGGAUAGAGUUAGAUAGUGGGAGACAAGGAUCCCAAUGA